AUGCGAAAGUUGGAAUCGGACGACAUGGGAGUGAAGAUUGAUGGUCGGCAGCUACACCAUUUGCGCUUUGCUGAUGACAUCGUACUGAUAACACCUAGCAUCAGCCAAGCGGAACGAAUGCUGACCGAAUUCGACGAAACAUGUGGAUGCAUCGGUCUUCAGCUUCACUUCAACCAUUGGACCAGAGCCGUGAGCGACUGGGUUCCCCGCGAUAUUAAGCGCACUAGAGGAAGACCGCCGACCCGAUGGUCAUAUUUCUUCACGAAGUCCUUCAAAGAAAAUUAUGAUGCUCUUUGUAUCCCACGCGAAAGGAGGAACCACUGGGCUACUCUGGCACGCAAUCGGGACAAAUGGAAGAAUUAUUGGCGACCAGUUCGAAGGUCAACGGGAGUCAAGAUGAUCAAGGUGACGUAA